UGUAGGCCUGGCAUGUCUUGUCUACUAGCUUCAAUAUGAAUCCGAUUAAAUGUGAUAGGGUGAAGGCCCCAGUGCAGCAGCAACAGCACAUGAUGGAGACGAUGAUGAGGAGGAGACCAUCUCUCUGGAUUCCAGAAGGCAUGAGGUAUCAUGUUAAGACUGUGAAAGUACUAUUUACUCUACAAUGGUGAGGAGUCCUCAUCAAAAUCAAAAAAUCGAAUUUCUUUUACAGGACCCAGAUGCUAUACAGUGGGAAAACCAGCCUGGCAACAUAGUGCGUAUUAAUAAAAGGACACCACAUCCUGCCAAAUUCCAGCUGCGCUAAUUGUAUUGUGUUCACAGAGCUCACAAGCUAUCAGAAAGUUGAAUGGCAACCACCUCCGGCGCCAAAUAGAACUGGCAGACAUAGACAUUCAGUACAAGAAGAAAAAGAUGGAAAAUCUUGCACUGGAGUCCGAAAUAAAAAAGAGGACAAUUAGGAAACUGGACCUUGAAAUAAAAUAACUUGAGAGGGAGCUCCAAGAAGAUGACACAGCUCAAAAUAAAAAUUAGGUAUAUUCUCGUAAAGUCAAGUGAGCCAUGACAUAUGAGUUCUUAUUGUGAGCACACAGGACGGUGGCAUCUUUCUAAGGUUUUUUUAUUUUCCCGGCAAUCAGUACAACCAAGUCAUCGUUAUAAGGCAUCGCCCUCUUUUGCCCACCCCCCCAGCACCAGGUGUGGCCACUAGCCUAUAUGAAGGCCCAAAAUUGUGUGUUCCUUUCUGCCCUGACAAUGGCAUGCCCAUUCGUGCGAGAAGUGGUGGAUGAAGAAGCACUUGUGCUGAGGAGAGCCUUCAGGCGAGAAAGGGUCUUCAGGGACCGGUUGGACCCACUGGCCUUCCCUGAUGACCAUCUAUAUGAAAGAUACAGGUUUUCUGCAGAUGGCAUCAGGUAUCUAUGCAGACUACUGGGUCCCAGGAUUAAGCACCGCACUGCACGGAGCCAUGCACUGAGUGUGGAGCAAAUGGUUUGUGUGGCCUUGCGCUUUUUUGCUAGUGGAGCCUUCCUGUACUCAGUGGGGGAUGCUGAACAAGGCCACAAUUUGCCGCACAAUAAGGAGCGUGUGUCUGGCUAUCAAAGCAUUAGCAGAUGUCUUCAUCUCCUUCCCUGGCCACAGAAGACUCUGUGACAUCAAAGAGGAGUUCUAUAGGAUUGCAGAUGGUCUGCAAUGCUGACUGUGUGAUCAGCAAUGUUGUGGCAAAAUGGCCUGGCUCAGUCCAUGACUCCAGAAUCUUUCGGGCCUCUGAAAUCUAUCAGUGCCUAUCACAAGGUGUGUUGCUGGGAGACAGGGGGUAUGGCUGCCAGCCUUUUCUCCUGACACCUUUCACAGACCCCCAGGAAGCACAGCAGGCCUACAACCAUGCCCAUGCCAGGACCAGGGCCAGAGUUGAAAUGACCUUUGGCCUCCUGAAGGCACGCUUUCACUGCCUUCACAAAUUAAGGGUCAGCCCUGUUAGGGCAUGUGAUAUUACUGUGGCUUGUGCUGUCCUCCACAAUGUGGCCUGCCUGAGGAAGGAGAGGGCCCCCAGAGUGCCACCAGCCAUGGACUGGGACAAUCCGGCAAUCUUCCCUGAUGACGACAGUGGUCGGCUGCUGAGGGACCAAUAUGUGUUGAAUUAUUUUAGUUAGUAUGUGUGCUUUCAAUUUUGGUUAAAUAUGUCCUGCGGUGGCAGAGGAAUUUGGUUUUUUUUGGGUUCGUUUUUUUACGAAUUUGGCCUCUUAUGAUGUUUGUGCGGUAUACUGUGUGUAAUACAAGGCUGCAGGGAGGCUACUGCAUCCAUUCAUUUGUCUGUUCAGUUGAUGUGUAUGGAUUUGUCCUGCAUUUAUUUUAGUGUGCAGACAUGCAUGGUGUGUUAUAUACAGACCUUUGAAUGUGUAUGUAUCAUUUUGUAUAAUAUGCUUGGAUUCUGUGCUUUCCAUCUUGUAGAGUCACUGUGACUUCAGUUUCGAAAGGAGCUGAUGGUUUACCUGCUUUGUUUUGUCCUUAUUCAAUAAAGGAACAUAAUGUUA